AUUAAUUUGGAUAAAAUAAAAUAUUACAUUUUUGUACAAUUAUUAUCGCGUUGAAUAGUACUAGUACUCACGGAAAGCAAAACAAAGACCAUAUAUGUGCAAAUCUGGUUACUUGCUCGCUCUCUCCCUCUCUGUGUAUUAUAUAAGCAACUCCCUAGAUCGCGAGCCGCAUCUCUUUUCUUCUCCCCGUCGAAUUAAGAGAAAGCUAGUGUGCAAUGAGCCGAAUGGGCAGCAGCAACGGCGGCAGCAAGGUGGCGAGCUGGCUGUGGCGCGCGCCGCGGCGGGCACUGGGCCGCGCGCGCGACCUCUACGUGCGGAGCCUCACCAGGUGCGCGGGCCAAUUCCCGUCCGACGCCUCCUUCGGCUACCCGUCCUUCGCCGCCGCGCCUGCGCCGUGCAGCAGGGCCGACGGCUACCACAGCUUCUCCGCCUCCCCCUCAUCCUCCUCGCGGUCCUACGACGGCGACGGCGACCUGCGGGAGCUCAUGCGCGCCGCGUCGGAGAGGCGGGCGGCUCCGGAGCGGCCGGCUGCCGUACCCAGGAGCCGGAGCGUGGCCAUGGCGAAGAUCGACGAGGACGGGCCGUGCGAGUUUGCUCUCGCCGGCGCCGGCGUGGCGUUUGCCAGGAGCCGGAGCUACGCUGUCUCCGCCGGCCGGGCCAGUGGGCAGAGAGGGAGGGCGGCGCCUAUACCCAUGGCUUGAUCGAUUGUUGCACUGGGACUGGGAAGCUUCAACCUCGAGUCCAGCCUUCCUCUGCUUUUCACCUUCGAGUCUCCAUAAAUCUGCAGUGGUGCUGUAAAUAGACUAGAUCUCUUGUUCUGUUAAUCCUUCUCCCGUCAUUCUGUUUUGUCUGAAAAUUAUUCCGGCGCAUUCGCUUGUAAUCUCUUCCGCAUAGCAGUCGCAUGAUAUGCGAUGUCCCUUUUCUUUUCUUUUUAUUCGGAGAAACAAAGAGUUUAUCCUCUGCUAGAUAAACGGCCGUGCCUUCCAACCUGAGAAAAAAAUAUUCAUAAAUUUUAAUUGUCA